AUGAGUGCAUGCAGUGUCUACCGGACCUGGUUUGAUCACCGGUCAAAAUUGCUCAGAACUAUUCGACCACACUUUAACAAUAGGCGGAGUGAAAGCAUCCGACGGAGUUCUUGCGGCAACUUUGUUCCUACUCCGCGCAUGCGCUUUCGAUCACCUUUUCGUGGAUCGCUCACGGUUGAAAACUUGGAUACUUUUCUUGACACCAGAACACUUCAUGUCGAUCUUGAUGACUACAUGGCACAGGACCGUAUCUCUUCAAAAUGUCCAAUUCAAAAGGUUCACGCUAGUCAGCUUGCUGCUAACAACCCCAUUGAAGAUCGGUGGAACUGUGGCUUUAUUCAAACGAAUGAGGAAAUAUCAAAAUUCGUUUUCUCUGUGGUCGACGGUCACUCAGGCUCCUCGUGUAGCCAUGCACUGGCUUGGAUUGUGCUAGAGUACAUCGCUGCAACUCUUGUAGGACCCGAAGAUCUCGAUGCUGCUGUAACUCGUCUUGCGAGUCUACCUUCCGACUGUGAACUGCCUCCAAGGAUUGUAGAGCAGCCCACCCUCUACAACAAUAAAGGUAAAAAUGUGACGAAGCGCUUCCUCACCAAUCGACUGCCUCCUCCCGAUAUCAGAAAAUUCCUCAUCGAAAGAUUGGUCAUUUUCAUGCAGGAGCUGAAGCUUUCGCCGCUGUCUGAGAAGCAUUGCUGGGAGGAAGCAUUGAUGCGUCUGGACAGUGAGUUGUGCUCCCUCGGUCUGGGCAGUGUUUCAGCGCUGUCAGAGGCGACAGAAAAUCCCUUCACCUCGACAACAACGACGGCAGCUCUUUCGGCAGACAUGCUUCGCGUAGCACAAAGCGGCGCGGUAGGGGUUUUCGGUCUUCUUGACUGGAACGCCAAAGGCAGCGAUGGCGGUGGCGUCGAAUUGCAAAUUGCUAACGUUGGUGAUUGCUCUGCCGUUCUCUUCUCCACCUUUGAUGAUUCUGGUGAACUGAAACCAAGGCGCCUAACCACACCGCACAAUGGCAGCACAAAUAUCGAUGAACUGAGACGCCUGAUGCUCGAACACCCGGAUGAUAAGGCGGAGGAUUUGAUACGCAAUGGUGGGCGCCUGUUGGGCGAACUGGCGCCCACUCGAGCCUUCGGUGAUGUGCGCUACAAGUGGACUAACGAACGUUUGAGGCAAAUGGCCGAUUACCUCGGUGCUACUGCCGAUUCGACCGAGAUGACUGCUGGCUCGUGGGCUGGGCUGGAGGCGUUGCCCACACCUUACACCUCUCCACCUUACCUCACGGCUAAACCAGAAGUCACGACCUGUAUGUUGAACCCUUCCGAUCGAUACCUUGUUCUGGCAACAGAUGGACUAUGGGACACCCUAAGUCCAGAGAGGGCAGCGUUAAUACUGAGUCGUUUGCACCCCGAUCAGUGUCCGGCGACGCGUCUCAUGCGGGCCGCGCUCUCUUUGACUCCCACUCUAGGGUUACCAAGCCACCGUGGGAUGGCGAAGGAGGACUUCAGACUCGCCUCGCUCCUCCUCGCCCUUCCCCCUGGGGUUGCCCGACUCUAUCGAGAUGACAUUACUUUGGUGGUGGUGGAAUUGAACGCUCCUCCUGCCCACCACAACGUAGUCGGUGCCGCAAGAAAGGAAGCACCCAUCAGCCAACUAAACCAACCAUCGAAUGUGCGUGCAACUGAGAAGAUUGUUGACCGCAGUGUUACUUAUCCCUCAACUGCAGAUCCAGUGGAAUCGAAGGAGUACUGCCCAGUUAUGGACCCACAUCGAUCCUAUCGAGCUAGAAGAGAGGUGGAGAAGCCAAUAUUCUCCAGCCGAGAGUCUGAAGCCGGGGAGCGAAUUCGCCAACUGCAACUUGACGGGAUCACCUUCAGGGCCAUUAACAACGUCGGCAUCGCAUCGAGUCUUUCCACAUCGAAUAUUACACCACAAAAUAAAAUUACCUCUCAUUACCAACAAGAUCCGGGCGCUUUGGUUCCAUGGCCUUCGAGCAACAAAGAAGAACGCUACUAG